CUCUGAUAUAUAGGUUGCUAAGGUAUGCAUUCAGCAUAUUAUACAUCUGGAUAUUACAUAUAACUAUUGUGAGUGACAUAUACUUGGUGUAAUUCAGGCAAAAGAUAAAAAUGACGCAGUCUGAAAAGUUCUGCAAGCCAUGUUCAAGAAGUGGGAGGUCAUCCGUUGCUGUAAAACACUGUCAUGACUGCGAAGAAACGUUGUGUUCCGAAUGCUUCCAAGUCCAUGCUACGUUUAAACCUCUGCUCACUCACCGCAUCACAGACAUUGAUGGAACUGACGCACAUGCGUUUUUGAGGAGUAGAUUCUGCAUAGAACAUCCGGGUUCCAAAAUGGAAUAUUAUUGUACCGCGCAUGCGUGUCUUUGCUGCAAGUCGUGCAUAGGAGACGGACAUAGCAGGUGUGGCAAAGUAAAACCAGUCGAUGUUGCUUCGAAAGGCGUGAAAAAAUCCGAAGAGUUUAAUGAUUUUGUAAAGUCAAUUGCCAUGAUGAAAAAAACGGUAUACCAGCUUAAGGAGAAAACACAACAAGACAAAGAAGAUCUGUCUGACAACAAGGCUAAAAUAAAGAAACGGAUUCGAAAAUUUAAAUCAAACAUUAUUAAACACAUUGAUAGUGUUGAAACAGAACUGAUGGUGGAAGUUGACUCGGUGUUUUCAUCUAUUAUAUCGAACGCUGAAAAUGAGGUAAAUAUAAUUGAUCAACAAGCGGAGCACGUUAACGAAAUGUGCAAUCAGUACGAAUAUCUCGAAAAGAAUGGAACAGAUAGCGAUCUAUUCGUUGUUCUAAAUUCUAAUUCGAAAACUAUUGCGAAAAAUCUAGAGGAUCUCAAAGUAGCUUUGACAUCACGUGCGCAAACGGAGGUCUCUUUUCAAAAAUCAAAUUUGAUAUCUGAAAUUAACUCUCUUGGAACAAUAACUGUUGAAACUAUAAAUGAAGAAGGUUGUUAUACUUAUGAAUGUGGUUUUGCCACGGACAAUAUUGGCAAGCGCCGACAAAACUACGUGCCUACGAGAUUUAAGUUGGAUAAAACAUUUGAGGUGAGUGAAAACAAUGCUGAGAUUGAGGUAACGGGGAUUGGAGUUACACGAAAUGACCGUUUAAUUCUCUGUAACAAGCUCAGUUCUAAGUUGAUGAUUUAUUCCAGUAAAAUACAGUAUCUCUCCGAACUAGCACUAACAGGUAAACCAUGGGAUAUAACAAUCGUACCGAAUUCGGACGAAGCAUGGUUAACCAUUCCGGAAAGCAGUUGUAUUCAGCAUGUAGAUGCGGAUUCUAUGAAUGUCGAUCCACCAAUUAAAGUUCCUAAAUGUUAUGGAAUAACUUUGGUAGACGAUAAUAUUGCAUUGGGGCGAUGGGGCGAGGUUGUCAUUAUCAACAAGGAAGGGGGUCGUAUCAAACAACUGGAAUUCGGAAAGGGAAUAAUACACAGCCUCGCUUCCGGUAUCAACGGGACCAUCUACUGCUGCGAGGGUGAAGACGGGAUGUUCCGAUGUGUUAGACUCCUAGAUGGAAAAGUCAUGUUUACGUAUAAUUCCGAGGAUUUCCGAUGGCCAGUUAACAUGGCAACUGACGUGCAGGAUAAUAUAUACCUGCUCGGAAUGAAGUCUCAUAACCUGCACCGCCUGCUUCCUAAAGGAAAAUUUCAUAAAGAAAUGUUGACGGAGAGUGACGAACUAAACUUUCCAAGAUGCAUUGCGUUCAAUAAAAACUAUUCGAAAUUAUACAUUUCAAAUGAUCUAGGGAAAUCUAUUUCUGUUUUCUCUUGUAAAUAUAUUUGAUUUUC